AUUCUGCCCCAGCUGAUGUUUGAGCCAGCAUGUCGCGGAGGAAGCAGGCGAAGCCUCAGCAUUUCCAAUCCGACCCCGAUCUGGCCUCGUUAUCCCAGCGAAAUGGUGAGUGCCUCCGCUCUCCCUCGCACGCAUUUCCACACAAACGCACAAAACAGCCGCUUACCUUGCGGAGCGGGACCGCCGCUCUCCGGGAGUUACGGCCGGGGGGGGUUCUUUUCCCUUUUUGCUCCCGAGUUGUCGGCUUUGAUUUUAUUCUCUUUUUUUUUUCAACUCGGCGUUCGCUUUCGCGUGGUUCUUAACGAACCCCCGAACUCUUUCCGCGUUCCCCGCCGCUUUCCCUCCGCCCUCCCCCCGCGGGGCGGGCUGCCCUCCCGAGCCCGCAGGGGACGGACCCGCGCCCCGCGGAGCGGCGGCACAAAGCGGGGCUGCGGCGGGGCCCCCGAGCCCGCACCCGCGCCGCGGAUGCCCCGGCCCGGCCACCCACACCGCCCCGCCGCCGGAAAGCUCCCCCCGGGCGCCCGCUUCGCGCCCCCCCCGCCCCGACCCCCGCGCUCCGGCUCCGAGCGCUUCCCGCAGGCGGAAAAGUUGCCGCCGGGCCGGGGGGGAUCGCCCCGCGCCGGGAGCUGCCCCGAGCCGCCAGCCUGAAGCUCCGGGAGCGCGGAGAUCCGCUCGCUCUCCCCCUCCGGUUGUUUUUUGAUUUUUCUUCGCCUCCCCUCUCCGAGUCGGUGAGCGAGGAAUAAACAGCGGCUUUGUGUCCGCCAGGAUUUGGAGAGGCACCGUGUGAAAUCUCCCUUUUUUUUUUUUCCUUUUUUUUUUUUUUUCCCUCCUCCCCCUCGUCCCUCCCCCUCCCGGUGAGGGGCUUUCGGAGGAGUUCGCCUCGGGGCCGUGCCCUGUCCGUACCUGCGCCAGGCCGCGGGGCGACAAGUGGCCGCCGGGAGCCGGGCGCGGGGGUCGGGGCAGGUACCCAGCGGCCAUGCGGCGGGCGAGCGCCGGGGCGGAGGGAGCCGGGGGCCAGAAGCGCUUCGGGCGGGCAGGAGACACAGAAAAGGGUCAAGGAAAUCGAACCACUAAGAAUAAGGACGCCCAUGUCUGUGGCAGGUGCUGUGCUGAGUUCUUUGAAUUAUCAGAUCUCCUGCAACACAAGAAGAACUGUACUAAAAAUCAAUUAGUUUUAAUUGUGAAUGAAAAUCCAGCUUCUCCUCCUGAAACCUUCCCUCCUCGUUCCCCUUCUGAUAAUCCUGAUGAACAGAUGAAUGACACAGUUAAUAACACAGAUCAAGUAGACUGCAGUGACCUUUCAGAGCGUAACAAACUUGACAAGGAAGAAUCCAUGGAUGUGGAGGCUUCCAGCAUUAACAAUAGCAGUAGCAGUUCCAAGAGUGUCAACAAUAGUAUUACAAGCAGUAACAGCUCCACAAUGGGUACCUCAGCUGUAACAACCUCUCUACCUCACAUAGGGGAUCUGACGACGUUAGGCAACUUUUCAGUAAUAAACAGUAACGUAAUAAUUGAAAAUCUUCAGAGUACUAAAGUGGCAGUAGCACAGUUCUCCCAGGAAGCAAGGUGUAACGGUGCAUCGAACAACAAGCUUGCUGUACCUGCCCUGAUGGAGCAACUGUUGGCUUUACAGCAGCAGCAGAUCCACCAGUUGCAACUGAUUGAACAAAUUCGUCACCAAAUAUUAUUGUUGGCUUCCCAAAAUACGGACAUGCCAACGUCUUCAAGCCCGUCUCAAGGUACUUUACGAGCAUCUGCCAACCCCUUGUCCACAUUAAGUUCCCAUUUAUCCCAGCAGCUGGCUGCAGCAGCUGGAUUAGCACAAAGCCUUGCUAGUCAAUCUGCCAGCAUCAGUGGUGUGAAACAGCUACCCCCUAUACAGCUACCUCAGAGCAACCCUGGCAGCACUCUAAUUCCAUCCAGCAGUGGCUCUUCUCCAAAUAUUAACAUCCUGGCAGCAGCAGUUACAACACCGUCCUCAGAAAAAGUGGCUUCAAGUAUUGGUGGCUCACAGCUCAGCAACCCACCAGUAUCUGCAUCAUCUUCACCAGCUUUUGCAAUAAGCAGUUUAUUAAGUCCUGCAUCUAAUCCACUUCUACCUCAGCCCACCCCUAGUAACUCUAUUUUCUCCAGCCCCUUGUCCAAUAUCGGAACACCUGCAGAGGAUUUAAACUCCUUGACUGCCUUGGCACAGCAAAGAAAAAGCAAGCCACCAAAUGUAACUGCUUUUGAAGCAAAAAGUAAUUCAGACGAGGCGUUCUUUAAGCAUAAAUGUAGGUUCUGUGCUAAAGUGUUUGGGAGUGACAGUGCCUUGCAGAUUCAUUUACGUUCUCACACUGGCGAGAGGCCAUUUAAAUGCAACAUAUGUGGAAACAGGUUCUCCACAAAGGGAAACUUAAAAGUCCACUUUCAGCGGCAUAAAGAAAAAUAUCCUCAUAUUCAGAUGAAUCCGUACCCAGUGCCAGAGCAUUUGGACAAUAUUCCUACAAGCACGGGUAUUCCUUAUGGGAUGUCUAUACCGCCAGAGAAGCCUGUCACGAGCUGGCUGGACAGCAAGCCAGUCCUCUCCACGCUCACCACUUCUGUGGGGCUGCCACUCCCACCGACAAUACCAAGCUUGACCCCAUUCAUCAAAACUGAGGAGCCUCAGCCGAUUCCCAUUAGCCAUCCCUCUGCUAGCCCUCCCUGCUCCGUCAAGAGUGACUCGGGAACCGCUGACCCCACAUCAAAAAUUUCCAAUGGACUUUCUGAUGAGGUAGAGGCUGGUGCUUUGCCUACCUCAAAUGGUAAAAUGGAAGAAAACCCUCAAAAUUCAAACUCCGUUGCUAACAUGAGCAGCUCUGUGAGUUCACCGGCAGCAGACUCGGGCUCCGGCGGCAUCGCCACUUUUACAAACCCACUGAUGCCUCUCAUGUCAGAGCAAUUUAAGGCAAAGUUUCCAUUUGGAGGACUGUUGGAUUCGACGCCAGCGUCUGAAACGUCAAAACUGCAGCAACUGGUAGAAAACAUCGACAAGAAGGCAACCGAUCCUAACGAGUGUAUCAUUUGCCACCGAGUUCUCAGUUGCCAGAGCGCACUGAAAAUGCAUUAUCGCACUCAUACCGGUGAGCGGCCAUUUAAAUGUAAAAUCUGUGGACGCGCUUUCACUACUAAAGGCAACUUAAAGACUCAUUACAGCGUCCACCGUGCCAUGCCCCCACUGAGAGUACAACAUUCGUGCCCGAUCUGCCAGAAGAAAUUCACCAAUGCCGUUGUGCUUCAGCAGCACAUCCGGAUGCACAUGGGAGGGCAGAUCCCAAACACCCCGGUCACCGAAAACUAUCCCGAGUCAAUGGAAUCUGAUACGGGAUCUUUUGAUGAUAAGAAUUUUGAUGAUUUAGACAACUUCUCAGAUGAGAACAUGGAAGACUGUCCUGACAGCAGCGUGCCAGAUACUCCAAAAUCUGCAGAUGCAUCGCAAGACAGCUUGUCGUCUUCCCCUCUGCCCCUGGAAAUGUCGAGUAUUGCUGCUUUGGAGAAUCAGAUGAAGAUGAUCAAUGCAGGACUUGCUGAACAACUUCAGGCAAGCUUAAAGUCAGUAGAAAAUGGGUCAGUGGAAGGGGAUGUUUUGACUAACGAUUCGUCAUCUGUCGGUGGUGACAUGGAAAGCCAAAGUGCUGGAAGUCCUGCUGUCUCGGAGUCUACCUCUUCCAUGCAGGCCUUGUCCCCAUCCAACAGCACUAACGAUUACCACAAGUCACCAAGUAUUGAAGAGAAACCAGUAAGAGCUUUAGCAAGUGAGUUUGCCAAUGGUUUGUCUCCGACCCCUGCAAACAGUGGUGCUUUGGACUUGACAUCUAGUAACACUGAUAAAAUGAUUAAAGAAGAGUCUCUGAGUAUGCUCUUUCCUUUCAGAGAUAGAGGUAAAUUUAAAAACACUGCAUGUGACAUUUGUGGCAAAACAUUUGCUUGUCAGAGUGCCUUGGACAUUCAUUACAGAAGUCAUACCAAAGAGAGACCAUUUAUUUGCACAGUUUGCAAUCGUGGCUUUUCCACAAAGGGUAAUUUGAAGCAACAUAUGUUGACACAUCAAAUGCGAGAUCUACCAUCACAACUUUUUGAGCCCAAUUCCAGUAUCGGUCCUAAUCAGAACUCUUCGGUCAUGCCUGCUAAUUCACUGUCAUCACUCAUAAAGACAGAGGUUAACGGCUUCGUGCACAGCUCCUCUCAGGACGGCAAAGAAACACCCUCUGCUCUAGCUGCUUCGGGGCCGCUGUCCUCUGCCACGUCCCCUGUCCUGCUGCCUGCUCUCCCCAGAAGAACCCCCAAACAGCACUACUGCAACACGUGUGGGAAAACGUUUUCCUCCUCCAGUGCUCUGCAGAUCCACGAAAGGACGCACACUGGUGAGAAACCUUUUGCCUGCACUAUAUGUGGAAGAGCAUUCACAACAAAAGGCAAUCUGAAGGUUCACAUGGGCACUCACAUGUGGAACAGCACUCCCGCAAGGAGAGGCAGGCGACUUUCCGUAGAUGGCCCCAUGACGUUCCUAGGAGGCAAUCCUGUAAAGUUCCCGGAAAUGUUCCAGAAGGAUUUGGCUGCACGGUCAGGGAACGGAGACCCAUCCAGCUUCUGGAACCAGUACGCAGCAGCGCUCUCCAAUGGCUUGGCCAUGAAGACCAACGAGAUCUCUGUCAUCCAGAACGGCGGCAUCCCUCCGCCGCCGGGGGGCCUGGGCAACGGGGGCAGCUCGCCCAUCAGCGGCCUGACGGGAAGCCUGGAGAAGCUCCCGAGUUCGGAACCCAACGCACCUCUAGCUGGUCUGGAGAAAAUGGCAAGCAAUGAGAACGGGACAAACUUCCGCUUUACGCGUUUCGUGGAAGACAACAAAGAAAUCGUAACAAAUUAGUAAAAAAAACUAUACAUAACAUUCCUGCAAAUAGUGCAACCUAGGGUUGCUUUUUUCAAACUGCAAGCUACAACAUUACAGAGACUUCCUUUUUUUUUUUCCUUUUUUUUUUUUUUUUGUACCAUGUUCUACUUCUAGAGUUCUAAGAGAGCUUAUUUAUUAGUGAUAUAACCUUGCUUUGCAAACAAAUGCAAGCAUUAACUUUGGUCUCCUGUAUUUUGAACUAAAUACUAAUCGACUAGAGUGCUGUAAAGUUGCUGUAACAUUUAUGGCAGUUGCGAGUCUGUUCUGCUAGGUGAUCUUAUUCUGGCAUUAACUUAUUUUCUAUACCCAGUUUAACAUGAACUCUGGUAUUGAUGCAAUGCCUCAGUGAUGCAUUAGAUCUCUAAUAAAAAUCUGUAUAUAAAUGUACACUUUGAUCCUGCUGGAAAUUUUAUCAGCAAAACACAUUGUUUAAUUUUUCCAAACAGAAUUAAGAAAAGGACUGAAAGAAUAUAGACUGAACAGUGUGGGUCCUUUACACAGCUCAGUUUUUGAUUUUUAUUAUAAAAUUAAAACUGCUUUAAUUUUUGUAGGUUUAACAUUUUCCGUUUUGAACUGUUAUUUGUAUUGUGCUUUUUACUUGAGUCGUCUUAAAUGUUAAUACAUUUCUGUACAGUAAUAAGCACGCAGAUUAUUAGAGGAGAUACUGAAGUGUUGUUUUGGUAGUUGAAACUGAGACGUAACAUUUUGCCUUGUAGGUAUAUUCAUUAUAGAAGAUGUGCUGGACUUUCACAAUGCUGCUAAAUAUAGCAUCUUGAACAACUCUCGUGGACAACUGUAGAUGCUCCUGUAUAUACAAUAAGACAUCACUUUCAUUAAAAUGUAUAUACGUUCCUUACAAGACCAAGCCCUACUCCUUGACUAAGGGAACAAGUAUAGUGUCUGUUUAUUUUGUAUUAGGUAUGGGGGCAGGGGGAACCUUGGACUGUUACAUGCACUUUCUCGGAAAGUUGAAAGGAAAAAGAGGUCCAGUUUCUUUAACAUUUAAUACUUACUAACAGCAGAGAUACUGUAAUUUUACUCGAGUAAUCAAAUACAUUUUUGCAACAGAUAACAA